GUAACACGUCAAAUAGCACUGGGACUGGUUGAAGAAGGAAAGAAAGUUGGUAUAUUGGAUAUUGAUUUAUGUGGUCCUAGUAUACCUCACAUGUUUUCAUUAACUGGUAGAGAUGUACAUCAAGGGACUGAUGGUUGGAUUCCAGUAUAUGUUGAUGAUACUCAAAGUCUUUGUGUGAUGUCAAUUGGUUUUUUAUUAAAUAAUAAAGAUGAAGCUGUUGUAUGGAGAGGACCCAAGAAGAAUGCUAUGAUUAAGCAGUUCUUGUCUGAUGUAGUUUGGGGUCAGUUGGAUUAUCUUAUUAUUGAUACUCCACCAGGUACAAGUAAUGAACAUAUUUCAGUUGUUGUGAAUAUCAAGUCAAUAUCACCAGAUGGGGCAAUACUAGUAACCACACCACAAGGUGUAUCAUUAUCAGAUGUGAGGAGAGAGGUGUCAUUUUGUAAAAAGAUAUUAUUACCAGUUAUUGGUAUUAUAGAGAACAUGAGUGGGUUUGUGUGUCCACACUGUUCAGUGAGUAUAAGGACACAUACAAUGUACAUGUACACUCCA